AUGGAUUCGUCUCCAUCGAAGCGACGAAGAACAUCGCCCUCAACCUCUAUCGCAGUGACUGUGGAGAACACAGAUCUUGGACCAUUGCCUCGGAAUGGCGCCAGCCCAAGCAGGAGACGAUCAUCCUUCAUGUCGCCGACAAAAGCAAGCCUCGCGCGCUUCCAUCCAAAUAUUCUGCCUCGGGCUAAAUCGGUCGAGCCGCUUAGGCCUGUCAGCAAGGAAAUACAUGACACUUUCGAGCAAGAUCCAGUCGUGGGAGGUGGAACGAAACAAGUAGUAGGGCAUGUUGCAGGCACAGCUUCGAAAGAGUCGCAAUCGGGGAUGAAUGGCAUGGAGAAGAGACAUGGACUUCUAGUGACACCGGCGCAAAGGUCACCAAAUCUCGGAGAGGGCAACGUUUCGGCAAAGCAGGGCCAGUCUGUGGUGGACCCAAACCCUCGGGCCUCACCACCCGAGGAAGCAAGAGUCGAAGGACCGGCGGCUAAUGGUACGAACGGGGUACAGCACGAGCCUGUUGCAGGAAUGGCAGACGUGGGAAGCACUGGCAUCACAUUCGUUCCGGAUAGUCAGAAUUCCCAAAUCCCAUCCACUCCAACUCAACGUGGGCGUUACGUUCCGACUUCUGGAAUGGGUAUUGGAGAGGAUGGAGAGCCCAGUUUGCCGUCAACGCCUUCACAGUUAGGUCUAGAGCCCCCUCGGGAGAGACCAAAAGGUCUGCUUUUCAGUAGCCCGAGCAGGAGAUCAAAGAGAAAAGGACGAUCCAGCGCAAAGUCUUCACCAUUGAAACCCCCCAAUGUUCCUCCAGAGCAACCAACUCAGACACAGAAGUCCUCAACUGCCAACCUAGGACCUCGACGCUAUAUAGCGAACACUCCUAAGCCACCUCUUCCGCUGGAAGAAGCCCGUUUGGUAGAAAUGCAGAGUAAGCUGAGUGAAGUGGAAAAGCAGCUCCAGAACAUCGAGGAUAAGGUACUGCGGCAAUUACUGGUAUCCUCGUGGCAGCCGGGAAAAAUCAAGGAAGGGAAAUACAUGGCGAAGCAAAAGGAGGAAGUCACACGGCGAAGCACAAAGAUUUUCCAGUUGCGGGACGAGAUUCUACAGAUUCAAGCUACGCAGGGUAUUGACCAUAGUCAGACGAGACCGGAAGGGAUCGAUCGGAAAGCAGCCUCUACGAAGCCAUCCUCCCUCACACAGCGUCUUGCAAGGUAUCUCCCAUUCUCAACAAAAGAUCGUCCACCAGAGCCGAGGCCUCCUUCCCCCAAAGGUACGGACGUGGACCAGGUUCUGGAUUUGGACAUACUGCAACCCAUGGUUGUACCCUUUACGAUCACCACCUCCAACAAGUUACUGCUCCCUCCCACAGUGGAUAAUGAUCUCCUGCAGCGACAAGACAUAACCAUGUCAAUGGCGCAGCAAUUACUGAUAUGCGAUCUACAACUCACUGCGAAUAUUACCACCCAGCAAAUCUCACACUUAGAUAUUCAAGCGCUAAGCUCAUGGGCUGAGCCAGAACUAGGCUCGUGGCUGCGACAACCUUGUGAGAAAAUGGAGCUGGCGGCUUUGGGAAGGGCAUUUGGACGUUACUGGGAGGUUGCAAAACUUCGAGGUAAAUGCUGGAUCAGCUGCAAGCAGGACUUUAGAGACCUUGUUACAAAUGCUCCCGAGUCUAAUAGUCCACUCUUCUUUCUCGGCGUGCAGGACCUUAUCUUCGCUCGGAGCAACGUCCAGCUCAAAGUGACCUGGCGCAUUUCGCUUAGUGACCAAGGCGAAGUGGAGAGCCACAGCUCUGCGUAUCCCAGAUUUCCGGCUGCUUGGCAACAAGAGGCAAACAGUGAGCUUACAAAAAAAUUCACCACAAACACCCUCAGCGUCUCCGCAUCCUUACAGCAUCAACCCAAAGGUCCCUCUUUCCAAAAUCAUAACAACAUGCCGUUCCACGGCAGUACACUCAACGGCUCCUUCUUCCGAAAAAAUGAGCUCCAAAUCGCAGCCGCGCUCUACAUCUACUGCAAGAACGACGAUGGCACGUACGCCGACUCGGAACUCAUUGGCGCCGUCAUCCUCGACAUGCGCAACAUCUCCGGUACACUGCCAUGUCAGGGCAUCGAAACGUUCCUCCGAGACAGCACCAACCCUCUACACCAGGAGGCUUGGCAAGAUGUUGUAGACAAUGAUCUUGAGUGGAGGGGAAAAGCAGGAGCGGCGUACUGGACUUGGAGGAACAAGAUGACGGAACUUGUGGCGCGGCUGGUGAGGGAGGGCAAAAUCGCUCGGACCGCUGCUGUUGCAGGUUAUGAUCAGUGUUUGAAGGAAAGCCCUACCGGGUCCGGUGGGAGCGAUGGGCAAGGUGGGCAUGGAGGGAUGGCAUAG